AUGUUCGCCAGGUGCGAACCACCAACCAGCUCGUUUCAUUCUCUAAUCACCAUAGCAUCAAGCAAAUCGUCAAACAUGGACAAUCAGAACAUUUCGUUGCCGACGCUGCCACCACUGCUUCAUACCCGCGCUACAAACGAAGUCUUCGACCGACCGUCUACGCCAGGUCGUGACGAUGAUGCGUUCAUCUCACCAACCCAGACGCCUCAGGGCAGCCCGAGCAAGAACAGAAUGCCACCUGGAGCAUUUGAUCUGCCUAAUGUCUUCUCGAACGCAUUAAAAUUGGUGCCUACUCAGAGCCAGCCGCUUUCGGCCCCGCUACAAACAAAGCAACAAGGCCCCGCCACACCGACGAAGAGAGAGCACGAUCCUUUCGGGAUACCAGAGCACAGGACAAGCGCGCCGAGCAGUCCCACUCGUGAGAAUGGGAAGGAGAACACCCUUCCCUCAAACCGCCCUCUCUUACAACAAACCCAAAGCUACGUCAACCAAGCUGCUGCCAGCCGCCAAGAACCAUAUCGACAACGUGAAGAGCCUUCGCCUGCACGACAAACAAAGACGAUCUCCAGUGGACUCACUGCAGAGGAGGCCGAGAAGCUCAAAAGUGCUAGCGUGAGAAGAUUGGCCAACGUCACACAGCUGUACUUUCUUGACUACUACUACGACCUUCUAUCAUACGUGCACAAUCGUCAGAAUCGCCUACAAGCUUUCAAAACGCAUAAUGCUGAGCCCAAUACAACUUCAUCAGAGGAAGAUAUUGCAAAAUACAAUGAUCUUAGGACACAAUACCUUGGAAGAGAACGGGCAAAUCUCAGGCAGAGACGGACACGCCUCCGUCACGGUGAUUUCCAGAUUUUGACUCAGAUUGGCCAGGGUGGCUAUGGACAAGUCUAUCUGGCUUCCAAGAAGGACACUCGUGAGAUCUGUGCUCUGAAGGUGAUGAGCAAAAAGCUUCUGUAUAAGCUUGACGAAGUCCGCCAUGUUCUGACGGAGCGAGACAUUCUUACCACUGCUAAGAGUGAUUGGCUGGUGCGACUGUUGUAUGCUUUUCAGGACGAUAGCAGCAUAUACCUCGCCAUGGAGUAUGUGCCCGGAGGAGAUUUCCGGACUCUGCUUAACAAUACUGGCGUGCUACACAACAGACACGCUCGCUUCUACAUUGCUGAAAUGUUCUUGUGCGUCGAUGCUCUACACUCGCUUGGGUACAUUCAUCGCGAUCUCAAGCCGGAGAAUUUCUUGAUCGACGGAACCGGCCACGUGAAACUCACAGACUUUGGUCUUGCUGCAGGUUUCUUGGCGCCAGCCAAGAUCGAAAGCAUGCGCAUUAAAUUGGAGGAAGUUGGCAAGAUCCCAGCUUCCGCUAUACCCUUCGGACGACCGUCAGAGGAACGAACUCUUAAGGAGAGACGUGAUGGCUAUCGCUCGCUUCGCGACCGUGAGGUCAACUAUGCAAAGUCUAUUGUGGGCUCCCCCGAUUACAUGGCGCCUGAGGUUCUCAAAGGAGAGGAAUAUGACUUUACAGUAGACUACUGGUCGCUCGGAUGCAUGUUGUUUGAGGCACUUGCCGGCUACCCACCUUUUGCAGGUGCGACUGUGGACGAGACUUGGCAAAAUCUUAAGCGAUGGCAGUCAGUGCUCCGGAAGCCUGAGUAUGAGGAUCCGAACUACUUCCUCUCGCGUCGUACUUGGGACUUGAUCACUAGGCUUAUCACCGUCAAGGGCAACCGACUCCGCGGCAUCAAGCAAAUUCAGACCCAUGACUACUUCCGUGAAGUGGGCUGGGAGCGUAUUCGCGAAGAGCGCGCGCCAUUUGUGCCUGAGCUGGACUCUGAGACAGACGCGGGCUACUUCGACGACUUCGGUAGCGAGAAGGACAUGGCCAAAUACAAGGAAGUGUUGGAGAAGCAGGAGGCGCUCGAGCGUAUGGCUGAUCGCGGUGGAGAGAUUGGACGAUCGCUCUUCGUCGGUUUUACUUUUCGCCAUCGCAAACCAGCGACAGACGAUUCAGGACGCCCUGCGAGCCCUCGAAAACCACUCACAGACGUCAACGAAUCUUUCGGGACGAUUUUCUGA